UGCGCGGGGCGCGGCAUGGCCUCGGCCGUGUUUGAGGGCACGUCGCUCGUGAACAUGUUCGUGCGCGGCUGCUGGGUGAACGGCAUCCGCAGGCUCAUCGUCAGCCGGCGCGGCGACGAGGAGGAGUUCUUCGAGAUCCGCACCGAGUGGUCGGACCGCAGCGUGCUGUACCUGCACCGCAGCCUGGCCGACCUGGGCCGCCUGUGGCAGCGCCUCCGCGACGCCUUCCCCGAGGACCGGCCGGAGCUGGCGCGCGCGCCGCUGCGCCAAGGUCUGGUUGCCAUAAAGGAUGCUCACGACAUAGAGACCAGGCUUAAUGAGGUGGAGAAGCUGCUCAAGACCGUCAUCGGCAUGCCCCGGAAGUACUCCAGGUCGGAAGUCGUGCUCACCUUCUUCGAACGCUCUCCCCUGGAUCAGGUGUUAAAAAAUGACAACGUCCACAAAAUUCAGCCCAGCUUCCAAAGUCCGGUGAAAAUAUCGGAAAUCAUGCGGUCCAAUGGAUUUUGUCUAGCGAAUACGGAAACGAUUGUUAUCGACCACGGGAUCCCGAGCGGCAAAGACCAGCCCCUGGCCGUGGACCCCACGGAGCACCUGUUUGAGAAUGGUGCCGAGUUUGCCCCCGAGCUGGAGGACGGCGAUGACCCAGCAGCUUAUGUCACCAACCUGUCCUACUACCACCUGGUGCCCUUCGAGACGGACAUCCUGGACUGAGUCCCCCUGGGCCCCUCCUCCCCCAGCCGUGGCCACUGCUGUCCACUGUGCCGGGGACCUGGGCCGUCCCCCCACCCCCGACGCGUGGAGGAGCCACAAGUGCCUGCAGGACGCCCAGGCCGGGGCUGGACACCCACUGCCCCGCCUUCUCCUGGUGGCCCCCGGCCGCCCUGCCCACCACCUUCCCACCCUCGACAAGUGCCCAGGGCAUUUCGUGUGAGAUCUUGGUGGGGCGCCAAGUUCUGGACCACAGAGGCGGUGUGUCCUGCCCCGGCUUUUCCCAGGAAACCGGGACGUGUGGCUCUCAUUGUGCUUUUCAUCUUCUAUCCGGAAGCUGGGGCCUUUGUGUUGGGUAGGGUGUGUUUACGGGAGGGGAGCUGGCGGCCACGGGCACGGGGAACCGGGCGCCCGUGUGACCGGCCCUGAGCGGGGAUGAGGAUGGCUCUCGGGAGAGGAAGGAGCGCCCACCUGGCCUCCUGCGAGGGGUGACAGCGCGGUGUCCCUGGGUGGCGGAGGGUCCCUCUCCUCCGGUCACCAACGCUGUCAUCUCUGCAGUAACCGCCGAGAGGACGGGAAUCAAGCAAAAGGUCCCCGAGUGUCCCCAGGAGCCUCCCUGCCCUCAGGGAGGAUGUGGGUUUGUGUCUUUAUCCCCCACGGAGUCUACUAACGACCAGAAUUUGCUCAUGUAAAUAAUAGUAAAUUAUUGAGAAUCCUAAUUCUUUUACACAGUCUGUUUUUUAAUCUAUUUUAAUUAAAUAAAGCACAUUACUUUUAUCGA